AUGGUCGCAACCAAAAAAACCCACGACGGUUAUUCCUGGACCAGAGCUGCCGGGGUGAAAAAAGGCGAUCUCCACUGCCGUGGGGUGGUCGAGCCCCGGGAGAAGUUAUCUGCUCCCGCUAGUCACAUUUACGAUGCAAUUGUCAUCGGAGCAGGUUAUACAGGUCUGAUGGCCGCUCGUGAAAUGUCCGAUCGUGGGCUAUCUGUGCUUAUGCUCGAGGCUCGCGAUCGGAUAGGCGGGCGCACGUAUACCGUCGAAGAAGAUGGUAUUCUCUACGAAAUGGGCGGGACUUGGGUCACGCACCACAUGGCGUACCUAUUCGCUGAGAUGAUACGAUACAAAAUGGACCGUGACCUUUUGAUCACCCAUCAUCGCGAGUAUGAGAAUGAUUACUACACACUAAAUGUUCCAGGUGCAAAUCCUCGCAAGAUCACCCACGAAGAGGGCGGGCAGAUUGCUGCUCGGGCAUGGAACAUCUUCGUCAAUGUGGACGGUGCCGACUGUCGAAGUAUAUGUCCUCUUCCACACGCAGGGUUGAACAAUUUCCUCGUUGAAAGAAAGGAGGUAGAGCACUACGACAAGAUGUCCUGCCAGGAUCGAUUCGAAGAAAUCAAGCACCUUCUGACGAAUGAGGAGGCCGGUGUUCUUGUCGCUCUGCUUCUACACAUUUCAGGCGGCAGUAUGGAAAACAGCAGUUUGUGGGAUAUGAUUCGCUCUCAUGCGCUCAUGUCAUAUAGCACCGAUAACUUCGGUCCUAUUUGGACCACAUACAAACUCCGCGAAGGGCAGUCCGAGCUAGCACGGCGCAUUUUCCAAGACUCGGUGGAUCAUGGCUUGCACUAUGCAUUCCAGAUGCCUAUCCAGUCCAUCUGCGACCUUUCUGGAUUUUCUGAAGUACGAGCGGUCUCAGGAAGAACUUUCCGAGCGCGGCGUAUUGUCUGCACAAUCCCUCUUAAUGUCCUGCGGACAGUUCAAUUCACACCCCCGUUGUCGGAAAAACGACAAGAGGCUCUCGAGAUCGGGCACGUGAACUUCAUGACUAAAGUCCAUGCGAAGGUAGAAGGAACUGGGUUGGCAUCCUGGAAUGGAAUGAGAUACCCGAACAAUCUGAUGUUUGGCUACGGAGAUGGAGUCACUGCCGAUGGCAGCGCCCACAUUGUUGGAUUUGGAAAGAACGAGGGAACGGACUUUGUUCCCGAGCUUCACCCACAAGCAACCAUUGAUGCAUUUCAGCGAUUGCACCCAAUGGAGGUGAAGAAAAUGAUAUUCCACAACUGGACUACUGACCCUUGGUCCCGAGGCGGCCCUGCUUGGUGGACCCCAGAGUAUAUGACUAAGUAUCAAGAUGAGCUUCAAAGUCGCCAUGGCAAUGUUUUCUUUGCCUCGGCAGAUUGGGCUCAUGGUUGGAGAGCCGCCAUUGAUGGCGCUUUGGAACAAGGAGCACUGGCGGCGAGAGAGAUCAUUGCCGAAAGGAGAGAGGUCGAGCAAAGCCAGGUGAGGUCCAAGUUCUAG